CCUGGCCUCUGCCCACUAAAUGCUUAUAGCACUUCUAAUCGUGACAACCGGAAAUGUCCUAGGCAGAGGGGGUGCAAAAUCACCUCGGGUUGAGAAUAUCUGCUCUAGAAUGUUCUCAUGCUUUAAAGAGACAGACGUUUGUGGGAGAUGGGGUUAAUGGCUAAUGUCUGCAUACACCCCCCCUCCCAUUGUAUUCGGGGUGGGAUGGUGGAUUCUCAUCCAAGCCUAGGAGAUUCCUCCUUUGAUAAACCUGCUCGGCUGUGAGCGUUUGGUUCGAAAUGAGUGGUUCUGGAGUACCCGCUGGCCGCCGAGGAGAAUCCUGGCGUCCUUGAGUUUUCCCAGAAGAGGUUCGGGUUUCAGGGAGGCGGCGGUUGUGGGUGGCCGGGCAGCCCGCCCGCCUCCCUCUGCCCGCCGCCGUGCGGUCUGCGCCUCGUGCCUCUCCCUCCGCACGCGCAGAAUGUCAGGAAGUGCCUGUUGCUGGGGCCUGCGCGCCGCCCCGCAGCCCCUGACUGCUCACUCGGGAGCCGCCGGAGCCGGGGCCGCCCGCGGCGGCCUGCAGGAGCGCGGGGGGUGGUAGCAGGACGCGGGCAUGCCCUCUCCCCCGGGCGCGCCGGCGGUGCGGCGCCCCGAGGAGCCACAGAGGCUUUGGGCCUGGAGCUCCGAGCCCGGGGACGCCAGGGCAGGGGGGCAGCCUCUCCGCAAAGGUUCCGGGCGUGGGGAGGCCGAGACACGGGAGUGCAUCUACUACAACGCCAACUGGGAGCUGGAGCGCACCAACCAGAGCGGCCUGGAGCGCUGCGAGGGCGAACAGGACAAGCGGCUGCACUGCUAUGCCUCCUGGCGCAACAGCUCUGGCACCAUCGAGCUCGUCAAGAAGGGCUGCUGGCUGGAUGACUUCAACUGCUACGACAGGCAGGAGUGUGUGGCCACCGAGGAGAACCCCCAGGUGUACUUCUGCUGCUGUGAAGGGAACUUCUGCAAUGAACGCUUCACCCACUUACCGGAGGCUGGGGGCCCGGAAGUCACGUACGAGCCACCCCCGACAGCCCCCACCCUGCUCACGGUGCUGGCCUACUCGCUGUUGCCCAUUGGGGGCCUCUCCCUCAUCAUCCUGCUGGCCUUCUGGAUGUACCGGCAUCGAAAACCCCCCUACGGCCACGUGGACAUCCACGAGGACCCUGGACCUCCACCCCCAUCCCCUCUUGUGGGCCUGAAGCCACUGCAGCUAUUGGAGAUCAAGGCUCGGGGACGCUUUGGCUGUGUCUGGAAGGCGCAGCUCAUGAACGACUUUGUGGCUGUCAAGAUCUUCCCACUCCAGGACAAGCAGUCAUGGCAGAGUGAACGGGAGAUCUUCAGCACGCCCGGCAUGAAACACGAGAACCUGCUGCAGUUCAUUGCUGCUGAGAAGCGAGGCUCCAACCUCGAGGUGGAGCUGUGGCUCAUCACAGCCUUCCACGACAAGGGCUCCCUCACGGAUUACCUCAAAGGGAACAUCAUCACGUGGAACGAACUGUGUCAUGUGGCAGAGACAAUGUCAAGAGGUCUCUCGUACCUGCACGAGGACGUGCCCUGGUGCCGUGGCGAGGGCCACAAGCCGUCUAUCGCCCACAGGUCAAAAACGGUUGAAUGUCGACUCCUCCAUACGGGUCACCCUAGCAGUAGUGCAGAGGACUUUAAAAGCAAGAAUGUAUUGCUGAAGAGUGACCUCACGGCCGUGCUGGCUGACUUUGGCCUGGCUGUUCGGUUUGAGCCAGGGAAACCCCCGGGGGACACGCAUGGGCAGGUGGGCACACGGCGGUACAUGGCCCCUGAGGUGCUUGAGGGAGCCAUCAACUUCCAGAGAGAUGCCUUUCUGCGCAUUGACAUGUAUGCCAUGGGGCUGGUGCUGUGGGAGCUCGUGUCCCGCUGCAAGGCUGCGGAUGGACCAGUGGAUGAGUACAUGCUGCCCUUUGAGGAAGAGAUUGGCCAGCACCCGUCACUGGAGGAGCUGCAGGAGGUGGUUGUGCACAAGAAGAUGCGGCCCACCAUUAAGGAUCACUGGCUGAAGCACCCGGGCCUGGCCCAGCUCUGUGUGACCAUUGAGGAGUGCUGGGACCACGAUGCCGAGGCUCGCCUGUCUGCGGGCUGCGUGGAGGAGCGAGUGGCCUUGAUCCGGAGGUCGGUCAACGGCACUACCUCGGACUGUCUUGUCUCCCUGGUGACAUCCGUCACCAAUGUGGACCUGCCCCCUAAAGAGUCGAGCAUCUAAGCCCAGGACACGAGUAGAUCUCUAGACUCAGUGGAUCUGAAGAGGAGAGGAAAAAAAAGUUGUGUUUUGUUUUGGAAAUCCCAUAACAUCAACAAACACAUAAAAUGCAGCUGCUAUUUUACCUUGACUUUUUAUUAUUAUUAUAAUUAUUAUAAUUAUUAUUAUUAAUAUUAUUUUUUGGAUUGGAUCAGUUUUACCAGCACAUUGCUCUACUGUAUCGCAAACAGCGGACACGUCAGCAGGCGUUGAGGUGCUGAGCUGUGAAUGCAGAAGCAGCGCCGUGCUGAAGAGCCUCAGCCACCUCCUGUCCUUGGGCUUCAUUUUUCCCGCUUUCUCUUUGUUUGUUAUCUCAGAAUCUGUGACACAAAGAAACCCAUCUCCUGUCUUAGGAAACUUAAUGCUGCAAACUCUACCUAGAGGAACCUUUGAAGACUGUUACAUAAGAACACACCUUCCUCAAAAGAGGAGUUUCCCUCUGCCCUUGUCUCCCUGCCUCCCUCCCUCCCUUUAUUGUGUUUUUCUCCCUUUUUAGACAGUGAGUUUAAGAAACAGCAGAUGUGUCUUUCACGGAUUAACGGGUGUUGUCCUGACCGAGGAAAAACUGGGAUGAGGGUGAGGAUGGUUUGGACUGGAGUUGGAAGGGGAGGAUAGAGCUAGGGGUUGGGUUUGGAACAGAGCUACACUGGACUCGGGCACAUUCGGAGCAACAUCCUUUGCUAUGAGGCUACUUCUCAGGUAACCAGGAAUCAAGGGGAAGGACAGUGUGGAGGCCGAGCAUUCACGGCAAGAGCGGGGUUUGGAGAAAGGCCAAAAGCAGGUGUGGCUCUGACCCAUCUGCUGGCCCUGACCAGUUUUUUUCCGCUGACUUGGGCUUGGGCAUAGGACUAAACAUUUUUCUGCCCUAUUUUAAGGUUAGGUAAGGGUAGAAAUCAUCACAGUUUAGUGAGUACAUUCUUCGUAAGACACGAUACUAUAAAUAUCUUUAAUGGAGGAAAAGUUGAAAUAUAUUGCUUCCUCCUGGAGCAGUUCAGGGAAAUGGCCACGGGGAUGUCCUGCACAGCCAGGGCAAGAGGAUUUCCUGGGUGGGGCCCACCAAGGCUUGCCUCUCUGGAGACCCUGAGAGUCCUACAGCACUGGCUCUGCCCCGAGUGGUGACAAAACUGUCCUCUUUAUGUGGCUCAUGGACACGGCUUUCUCCAGACCCCUUAAAGUGGUGCAUAUUCUAAAAACCCUUUCUCUAUUAUGCUAUAACCUUGCUCUAGUCAGUGAAUGUUCCUAAUGCUGCUGUUUCAACAUUUGAAUUUUUUUUAAUUUAUGAAACAUGCAAAUUUUUUUAAAAACAAAACACACACAUCCACAUAUACACACACACUUUGCUAUGUGGCUUCCGAGGUUUAAAUUUUGAAAUGUAAAAGAAUUAAAACUUCACAACCACAGACCACCUCAAACCAGAAAUACCUCAAAAUUUUCUACUUGUGUAAGUUUUAUUAUAUAUUUUAUUAGUUGUGUUGUCUUGUAGUAAGUAUAUUUUAAUGUAAGUUGGCUUUUAUGACAAGAAGGUUUAAAAGAAAUAGAAAGGAAAAACGUUGGAGUUGUCUAGGGAGUGCUACCAUUUUUUGAUAACACCCCCUUGUAAAUAAUUGUCAUCGAUUGUAGGUUGGCUGUCUGGGCCGAGUCUGGGCAUUCAUCACUCUUGUUUGUAAAGGCUUUUCCUUCUGGUUUGUUUACACCAUUUUAUUUAAAAACCGAUCUCUUAAUCUUGAGGGUAGGCGAGUUGGUGGGCGAUGGGGAGAGGUUGACUUGGGUGAGAAUGGGAGAGGGGUGCCUCCUCUUGGGUUAUUUGGAGGUUCAGAUGUUUCCCUUCACUUGACUGGUCGAUGUU